CACAAAUCUCCAACGCAACGCCUCGUACAGUUCAUCAAGUAAAUCCACAUCAGAUCACACACAAGCUAGCUGCAAAAAUGGCGUCGACGGUGGCGAGCCUCUCUACCCCGGCGACGGCCUUCGCGGCCGCGGACGUGGACCCGAGGAGGAAGGCCGCCGAAGGCCGCGUCUGGUUCCCCGUGGCGCGCCGCGGCAGCUUCGCGGUGAGGUCGAGCGGGCCGGGGACGCCGCCGGGGAUCUCCGACAAGGUGUCGGAGAGCAUCAAGAAGGCGGAGGAGACGUGCGCGGACGAGAAGGUCUCCGGGGAGUGCGCGGCGGCGUGGGACGAGGUGGAGGAGCUCAGCGCCGCGGCGAGCCACGCCCGGGACAAGCUCAAGGACAGCAGCGACCCGCUCGAGAACUACUGCAAGGAGAACCCCGAGACCGACGAGUGCCGCAUCUACGACAACUAGAGCAAGCCUGCUGUAUAUAUCGAUCUGUGUAUCAGCAAUCAAAGACGUUAAAUUUGUUAUAGAUAUAGAUAAUUAAUAAAGGAAUAAAGAAUAUUUGACCGCGGGUCAUACA